CGCCUGCGCAGUCGUAGUUGUAUUGUUUGGUUUGAUCGAUGCGGUUGUGAGUGAAGCUUGGAUAAAUUCCAAAUUCAUCUCAUUUGAUGCUCAAAAGUUGUCUCUCUGUACCCAAUGAUGGCAUCCCAAGAUGACCUGGGGAUGCUUUGGUACGGAGUGACAGGAGUGUCGUUCAACCCAGCUGAUCCAGCCGAGGUGAUGCUGAACACGGGCACAACAGCUCCCCUGCUAUCAGAUCACCCACGACCACUUGUUCCUACACCAGUCUCCUACAGUGAGCCCACAGCUCCCCAACACACACAGAUGCUGUAUGAUCCCAACACCGGAGACUACAUCACCCAGCCAGAGUAUAUGUAUGAAUCCUAUGACGGUUAUGAUGAAGACUCGUCCGGUAGUCAUGUUAUGCAACAACAGGGAACACCACCCAUCACCGAGCCUGGCAUGGUGGGCCAAGCGGACGAGUCUCCACCGCCUAUACCCAAGUCCAAGAAACCCAAGGUUCAUCACCAUCCAGCACUAAAGCUCAAGACUCCGAUUGCAUACCAAAAGGACACCGACCUCAAUGCUAUUCCAAUCAUGAGAGAAGGAAUGGCUGUGUGUGAAAAGUGUGGUGCCAUUGGAGUCAAACAUGCAUUUUAUGGGAAGGAACGAAAAUUUUGUAGUUUAGCAUGUGCACGAGGGCCUCUGCCACCCUCCCAACAGGUGCUGGAGAAUCACAUUACUGAGAAGGAGGUAGUGGAGGAACCAGAGAAAAAGUCACUACCUGUACUAAAGGUUACUGGUCAACCAGCACUGGUGCCAGAACCAGCCAGUGACCUCCCACCAUCCCCUACUGCAGCAGCACCCUCUAAACCUAGCCAGGUGGUGCAACCUCAGCCACCCACAGUGCCUCCAGAACCAGUUGCAUCACCCAACUGCCUUCCCCCACCUGAGUCCACAGUCGAUCUGGAAGGGACAUUUUCUUGGUCUGUUUCAUACCUCGAGGACUCCAAUUUUAAAGCAGUGCCUGUUAGCUGUUUCAGACAUGCACCCAUGUCUGAGUGCUGGGAACAGAUGAGUGCUGGAAUGAAGGUAGAAGUGGCCUGUGGAGAGGAAGGUGUCACAAAGGAUGCAUUCUGGGUGGCUACUGUUGUUGCUAUUGCAGGUUACAAAGCUAAGUUGCGGUUUGAGGGUUUCGUGGAAGACAGUUCUAAAGACAUUUGGGUUGAUCUUUGUUCUGAAGAAGUACACCCAGUUGGAUGGUGUGCAACACAGGGUCGUCCACUAAUACCACCACGCACUAUCCAGCAUAAGUACCGGGACUGGAAAGAAUUUCUGAUGCGUCGAUUGACCGGUGCUCGUACUUUACCAACCAACUUUAUGUCUCGUGUUGUGGAAAGUCAGAAAUCGAGGUUUAGACCUGGGUUGAAUGUGGAAGUUGUGGACAAGAACAGAAUUGCACAGAUGAGAGUAGCCACUGUUACUGAAGUAGUGGGCAAGAGAUUACAUCUCAGAUAUCACGGAGCUCCUCCUGAUGAUAAUGGAUUUUGGUGUCAUGAAGAUGCUCCUAUAAUUCACCCAGUGGGAUGGUCUCGGGAGGUAGGCCACGAGAUUGUUGCCAGUCAGUCCUACCAUGAGAAGUGCAUCAGUGGGACCUACGAUCCUAAUGAUGCACCGCCUGAAUUAUUUGCCAUCACCCCAAUUCCUUCGAAUUUCCACAGCUCUAAGAUGAACUUUUCAGAAGGAAUGAAACUGGAAGCCAUAGACCCUCUUAACCUGUCUGCCAUUUGUGUAGCAACAGUCAUGAAGGUCUUACACAAUAACUACCUCAUGAUAAGAAUAGACAGUUACGAGUCGGACAAUACAUGUUCAGACUGGUUCUGCUACCACGCUACUUCACCAUGCAUCUUUCCCGCUGGAUUCUGUGAAAUGAAUAACAUCACUCUCACUCCCCCAAGAGGCUAUGAGGGACAGUUCUCCUGGUUUCUUUACCUCAAAAAGACUCAGGCCACUGCAGCACCACCAGCACUCUUCUAUAGAGAAGUACCAAGUCAUGGGUUUGAGGAAGGUAUGGCCCUGGAAUCAGCAGAUUUAAUGGACCCAAGAUUAGUUUGUGUGGCCAAGGUGAAGCAGGUGAAAGGAAGAUUGCUCAAGGUACAUUUUGAUGGCUGGGAGAGUGACUUUGACCAGUGGAUAGACUAUCACUCACCCGAUAUUUACCCUGUUGGCUGGUGUGAUAUGUCUGGUUAUAGAUUGGAGGGACCAAAGUCUCAAGCACCAAAGAGGAAAGUUAAAGGAGGGGCCAAAUUCGGAAAAACUGGACGAAGAGGCAGACCCAUGGGGAGCAAGAAGAUAGGAAAAGUUAACUUAAUGAUGGCGAGUGCUUCAGGCCCAGCAACGGCUGUGUUUCAGAAGAGAAGAGGUCGUCCACCCAAGGACAAGGCUCAGACUAUUGGAACAGGUUUUUCAGAAUCUCUGCUGGUUCAGGACAAAUCUAGUGAGAAUGAAAACUCAGACCUUCUCCCAACACCGGAGGUAGAGCAUUCCUCAACAGCCAGUAGAGUUCGACGAGGCCAUGCUAGAAAAGAUGCAAGGCGAUCUCCCCGGAGCACCUCAACCACGACCAGUAACACCAAGACUCUUCCUGUAAGAGCAACCCGAGCCAGAACUUUGCCAGCUUCGUACAACCAGUCAGAUGAAGAGGAUGUCUCAGAUGAAACGUCUUCUGGAGUUGCAUCAUUAGAUGGAAAUGAGAGCUCUCGAGAACCUUGGGAUGCAGAUGAAAGAUCAUGUAACCUCUCGACUGCAAGUUCUCCACUACCACAGACUGAUCUACAGAACAUUACCACCCAGCACAACCUUACAUCCUCCAGUGUAUCAGAAAGCAAAGUUCAAGAUAACAGAAGUCAUCUUGUUCACACACAUCAGAAGCCAAGUCAUGCAAGUUCUCAUCAGCCUAUGUCUGUCAGAGAAGAUAAAAUUGAACCACUUCUGACCAGUAAACAGCUAGACUCAAAGGGCAGCCAACAUACUCUACAAGCUACUACUCAGACCACUGCUACUCAGCCAGUCAUUAAAAGCACCAAAAUGCAGUUGACCUCACUGAAAGGCAGCACAACAGCUACUACAUCAAGUAUUCCUAAAGAGACCAUUAAACCUCAAGUUGCAACUCCGCCUCCUACCCACAAGAAUGGGAUCUUCCAACAGAGUAAAACCACAUCACAGUCUCCCAUAGUCUCUUCCACUGUUACUACUCAAGCAUGUAGCACCCCACAAGUGUCUGUUUUGUCAUCUAAAGCACAAACUGAAUCUCAAAAAUUAUAUAUUCCAAGACUCAUAGGCGGUCCCAUAAAACCUGGAUCAAAAGUUCAGCCUAAACUCUGGACACCUCAAGAUGUGGGUCAGUUCCUAAAGACAAAUGAUUGUGGCACAUACUGUGACAACUUUGUAUCACAAAACAUCCAUGGGUCCAAGCUGUUAACUCUCUCCCAUAAUGAGGUUAUGGACUUGACGGGGAUGAAGGUGGGACCAUCCCUGAAGAUCCACGACUUAGUCCAACAAUUACUGGCUCUCGUCAACCCAGCCCAGGCACGCUACCAGGCCACCCUAAUGAAAAGAGGCCUGUCCUUCACGUGAAACUGACAGUUGAUAAGAAAUUACUGAAUAUGGAGUUCCUUGUUUUAAGGUAUCAGUACAAGUCUAAUGAGAAGAUUUGGGUAAUUAGAUUUGUUCUUUGCCAAGAUAUAUAUCUAAUUAUCUUUCCCACCUUUAGUUUCACUCUAUAUUUCGUAAAUUUUAUGUGAUUAAGCUUUUUAAGCACAUACUCAGGCAAUUUAAUGAGUCUUUGUCUUAAUAAAUGGUGAUAGAUUUAAGGCAGAAAAGAUAUGGGGUUUGUGCUUAAAUUUGUUUCAUCAUCGAUAGCCAUACACUACCUGGAAGGUGUGAAUGACAUUGUAAUUAUUUAUUUGUUAAUGAAUUGUAUAGCUCUUUUUCUGCUACCAGCAAAAAAAGAAUAAUAAACCCUCUGAUUUAUUUAAUCUCUGCAUUUGUUUUUCAUUCUUAUGUCUGUGUGUGUCACAAAGAAGAUGCAAUUCAUCUGUGGUUAGUUCAUGCAAAUGCAAUAUGAUUUUUAUUUGGUAUUUAAAAAUGUAAUGGGUAAUUAGACUAGCAGUUGCAUCCAUAGAAAAGCAUUUUUUAUUACAUUUUAGAGUAAUUACUUGAGAAUUGUUUUGUUUGUAACAUGGUAAUGUGAUGUAUAGCUUCAACCAAUGAUUCAUUUGACAGAUUUUGUGUAUGUAAUGCAGUGUUAAGUUUAAGAUAUGCAAUAGGAUUGUCAGUAACUAAGUGAUUGGAAUAGAAAAAAAUGGAAGAAAAAGGCUUAUGGUUAUGUGAUAUAUUAUCCACAAUAAUAAUCAUUUGGGACAUCACAAUACAUACUUCAGACUUUUCUUUCAUGACUUAUCUACAAACUAUGGAAGACACAGAUCAUGACUGUUAGAAAUAAAUGUGUAUUUCUAGUUUUAUACCAGUGAGAAAGGACAGGUAUUAUUACUCCAAAGUACUGUACUGUAUUAGGUAACAAGAUAUAUUGUAUAUUGAAAUACUAAGGCUAGAAGUGUACAUAUUUGUAUGAUGUGUAUAUGUGUUAAGUUAUAUUGACUUAAGGCCACCGACAUAAAUUAUGAUCUUGUAGUUCCGCUGCUGCAUUUAGGCUGAUGUGAUUAAUGGCUUGGCCUAAAGUCAGCAAAUUCAAGAUAUCAAAAUAGCAAAUAGAAACAUGUAACUUCUUGACUGCAAGCAAAAUCUCGCUUGUUACAGCCCUCUUCAAUACGUAAUCUCGUUCUCAGGGUUUCAGAGGGGUGUUUGCAUACAACCAGCUUUUUUUUAUCAAGACUCAACAAGAUAUAUGUUUACACUAUGAUUAACAGUUGACCGCAUGCACACUCAUCACAAGUUUAGUGUUGGGAGUGCUUCUGCAUAUCAAGUGUGAGGCUUAUAUAUAUUUAUAAACUUUCACUGUAUCUUUGUAAUUUCUUAUGAUUUUAUAAACCUGUCUGGUAAGUUUUAGCUUAAAUGCAUGAUAGCUGUGCAUUCCUCUUUAAUACUCUUUGGAGAUAAACUAUAUAUGAAACCCAGAUAGAUGGAUACUGGUAGUUGAUGCAUCAGUGGAGAGGGUUCCUCUAAAAUACACAAACACUUUUAACACACACUGGCUUUGGAUGACUGAUAUCUAUGAUACUCCUGGUGUAUGCUCAAAACUUUAUGCAUGUGUAUUUUGUACUCAUUAUUUAUUAAUAUUGCAGUAUAUUUUUCCUAAGUAUUAUUGUCUUAUCUUAUAACACUUAUGUUGUAUUUGAUGCAGUUGGAAUGGGAAACCAGCAUCAGCUUUGCACAAACCGGUAUAGGUGGAAGAAUUCCAUUAGUCUCCAGUACACAUACAGUAUCAUUGUCAUCCAUUUAACUGAUCCAAGACUUUCUAAAUAUAGCUUUCAUUACACAUAACCCCAACAGAACCAGACCUGAGUAAACACUGAUCAUUGCUUUGAGAUCAUUGCCUUGCAAUUUUUUCCUCUAGCCCUUAUCUGGGCCAUUGGGCAUUGUCAUCAUUCAUGUUAUCGAUUCAUCUGUCUGUCCGUGCGUCCAUUUGUCCGUCCGUCUGUCCGUAGCUUUUAGCUGGAAAUCAAUAUAUAUAUCGCAAAAGAUAUGAUAUUUGCCCACUAGUCUUACACCAUAGUUUCAUUGGGCAUAUCAGAAAACUUUGAUGAUCAAUGACCUUGAUCAGCUUUUCGAGAUCUCUGCCUGUUGUGUUGGAAAUUCUCAUUAUCAAGAUAUUUAAAUGUACUUGAUGUACACUUGUCAACUAUAAGGCCCAGACUACAUUGUAAAUACAUUCACAAUCAGUGGCUGACCUGUUUUUCAAGACCAUACAUUACUUAAUAUUCCAGAAGCUUUUGUAGAAAAUAUGCUUCAAGAAAGAUACAAUAUAGACUACAACAUCCUGUUGCCACCAUCUUAAACAAAUUUGAUAAUCAGAGAUCUUGACCUAUUUUUAAAGUUCAUACCAACUGCUUUUAUGAAAUCCCUGUAAUUCAAGAUAUCUUAAGAAUAGAUUUGACAUACACACGCCUAGGUGUACACUGUAGCUUUGUCUGACAACCAUUUCAUUAAUCAUCAAUCUUGACCUCCUUUCAAGGUCAUGCAACUGUUUUAGAAAUCCUGGUAAUCAAUAUAUUACAAGGAUUGAUGUAGUUUCAUCAAACUCAAGCCUUAGUUUCAACUUAUGAAACCUCUUGGACACAUACAGUUUUUACUCCUCAGCCUGUUUCAGGGCAGGGGGUGUUAUUGUCACACAUAUUAGUUGCCUGUCCUUCCAUUAGCCUUUGAAUGGGAAUCAAGAUAUAUCAGAGAAGAUUACAGAAGAUCUCACCAGACUUACACCAUAGCUUCUUCAAGUCAGCAUCUCAGACAAGUUUGAUAUCUGUGUGUGUGUGUUUAUUGAGAAUCAUGUAAAAGUGGAGCAUCUAUGGAGACUAACAAAGGGCAGAGGAGUAUUCCAUCAUUUUGUGGUGCUCAUGAUUAUUUUUAACUGUGUUUUUAGUAACGGGAUGAAAUAUCUUGUGAGGCACGUUAUAUCCUAGUCUUAUGUGAUAGAAGAACUCUCACUUUCUUUCUCUCUCUUUUUUCCAUCACUCAUAACCCAGGUGUUAUGACUGAGUAAACCACAUUAUAUCCAACUAAGUCCUGCGUUAUUACAAGUUCAGGUGUCCCUCGAUUUACGAUCACUAUUUAUGUAUAAUAUUUUUAAUUAACAAGAUGCACUGUAUAAACAAUUUACACCUUUUAAAUUUAUGAUAGUUUUUUAUUUUACAAUAUUUAUAUACAUAUAUUAUCUUCUAUUUUGAGGGCGAGGGGUGGGAAAUUUUUUAAUACCCAUUAUAUCUAAAGAAAAUUUAAAUUAAAUGUGUUACAAUCACUUGACUGUUUGUAAGCCAAAGGAAUCUUUCAAAUCCACCUCCACGCUUGACACAACUCUCCAGUAAUUUUUUGGUAUUUUCCAAGCAAUUUACCAUUUUAGAGAUGUCAGGAAAGUGACCAGUAAGUAAAAUGAGCAGCAGCAGUGGAAGGAGACCUCAUAAGCCAUCACUUUAGAUAUUAAAUUGGAGGUGAUAAGAUGAAUUACAGUUCUGUUUUACAUUAAUUUGUUGCCUAAUUGUACUACUGUAUACCUAUAAUGAAUUUUUAAUUUUUAUGCCUGCAGAAAUUUUAAUUGUGUUGCAAAAAGUCAUUUUAUUAUUUAUUGGAGCAACAUUUUCUCCUCCCAAAUAGGAUUCAAUUUAUGACAGUUCAAUUUACACUGGGGUUUUCAGGAACACAACCCUAUCAUAAAUUGUGGGGUGCCUGUACUGUACUUUCUUUCUUAUUAUUACUACUCUUUUCAUUAAUACUGUAUUACAUAUUUUGUAAUUAGACUUACAGCUUUUUACCUUAUACUUGUAAGCUGUAAUUUCUGGUAUUUAGUUGGUAGCAGGUAAACAGCAUUAAAUGAAAAUUUUGAAAUUAUUUCUGCAGAAAAUUACCAUUAUGAGCAUGAAAGGUAAACAAUGAUGACACUUCAGUACUAUCUGUCAUAAUGUAAAUGUAGUUAAGCAGGUGAACUCCUCCAUUGCCUGGUCAGUGGGCAGCACUAGGGCAUGAGCAUAAGUCGAAGUCGUUUCCCCGUGAGGCAGCACCAGGGCAACAGUAGAAGCCCAAGUGAUCAUCCCUCCCCGGGCAGCAGUAGGUUCACUUUAGUAACUCACCGAUAUUAUGCAAGAGGAAUUAUCAGCACCAGUCCCUCGCUACUCACUAGGCAUUGACUGUAAUAUGCAAAGUACUUGAUUCAGGUGGUGUGAAAUAUUGGGUAAGCUUAUAAUAAUCUGACCAAAGCUUUUGAUGUUAUAUUUUUUGUUUUUGUUUUUGUUCUUUUUAUCUAGCAUUGUGGAUUCUAGGAAAGCUGCAUGAAUUGACACAAUAGUGUAGAGCUUCAUCAUCCACAUAGUAGUGAGAAUUAUGAAUUGUUAUAUCUGUAAUGAAGUAUAAUUUUUGUUUUCUUAGUUUAUAAUAUUUAUGCAGAAUUUCUCAUCAUAAAAGUGCCUUUUAAUGAAGGCCCUUUUUCCACUGUUGUUUUUUACAGGGCUUGCAGUGAAGAUGACCCCAAUAUCUCCUUUUUACCUAUGUGCGGCUGUGUUUUGAUAUUUUGUUUUAUUUUUUGAUGUUAAACCCAGUGUGUUCAAGUGAACUGCUAACUGCCAUAAACUUAUAGUAAUGUAAGGAGGCGCUAUUGUCUACUCAUUACCAUUGCAUGCGUACACUAUUGUACUAAGAAAAUCAUUUAUACAGUAAAACUGGUCUAACUUU